UUUCUUAUAAUUUCCGUUGGACAAACCUCCUAACCGGUCUCGCGGAAAGAAGACGACUAACUUAUUUAAUUAACUUAUUUCUACGUUAAGUUACACAAAACUCAAAUCAAAAUGCGUGAGUGCAUCUCAGUACACGUUGGCCAAGCCGGAGUCCAGAUCGGCAAUGCCUGCUGGGAACUCUACUGCCUGGAGCACGGCAUCCAGCCCGAUGGCCAGAUGCCCACCGACAAGACCACCAGGGGUGGUGAUGAAUCCUUCAACACCUUCUUCAGCGAGACUGGAGCCGGCAAGCACGUGCCCCGCGCCGUAUUUGUGGACUUGGAACCUACUGUAGUUGAUGAGGUCCGCACCGGCACAUACAGACAGUUGUUUCACCCAGAACAGCUUAUCACUGGUAAGGAGGAUGCGGCCAACAACUACGCUCGCGGGCACUACACCAUCGGCAAGGAAAUCGUCGACCUAGUGCUCGAUCGCAUCCGCAAGCUCUCCGACCAGUGCACCGGUCUCCAGGGCUUCCUCAUCUUCCACUCCUUCGGAGGUGGCACCGGCUCUGGCUUCACUUCUCUCCUCAUGGAACGCCUCUCGGUUGACUAUGGAAAGAAGUCCAAACUCGAGUUCGCCAUCUACCCCGCGCCCCAAGUCUCCACCGCCGUCGUCGAACCCUACAACUCCAUCUUAACCACCCACACGACUCUUGAGCACUCUGACUGUGCCUUCAUGGUCGACAACGAGGCCAUCUACGACAUCUGCCGUCGCAACUUGGACAUCGAGCGCCCGACCUACACCAACCUGAACAGGCUUAUCGGCCAGAUCGUGUCCUCCAUCACGGCCUCCCUGCGUUUCGACGGCGCCCUCAACGUCGAUCUGACCGAGUUCCAGACCAACUUGGUGCCAUACCCUCGUAUUCACUUCCCGCUGGUCACCUAUGCGCCAGUCAUCAGCGCCGAGAAGGCUUAUCACGAGCAGCUAUCUGUGGCGGAAAUCACCAACGCUUGCUUCGAGCCAGCCAACCAGAUGGUGAAAUGCGACCCGCGCCACGGCAAAUAUAUGGCUUGCUGCAUGUUGUACCGUGGCGACGUCGUGCCCAAGGACGUAAACGCGGCCAUCGCCACCAUCAAGACCAAGCGUACGAUUCAGUUCGUGGACUGGUGCCCUACCGGUUUCAAGGUCGGCAUCAAUUACCAGCCGCCGACUGUCGUGCCCGGUGGUGACUUGGCGAAGGUGCAGCGUGCCGUGUGCAUGUUGUCUAACACCACGGCCAUCGCCGAGGCCUGGGCCCGCCUGGACCACAAGUUCGAUCUCAUGUACGCCAGGCGCGCCUUCGUUCACUGGUACGUGGGUGAGGGUAUGGAGGAGGGCGAGUUCUCCGAGGCCCGCGAGGACCUGGCCGCUCUUGAGAAGGACUACGAGGAGGUCGGCAUGGACUCAACCCAGGGAGAGGGUGAAGGUGCUGAGGAAUAUUAAGUCAGUCAUGCGCGCACACCGAUACACACAAUAGAAUAGAAUAGAAUAGAAUAGAAUAGAAUAGAAUAGAAUAGAAUAGAAUAGAAUAGAAUAGAAUAGAAUAGAAUAGAAUAGAAUAGAAUAGAAUAGAAUAGAAUAGAAUAGAAUAGAAUAGAAUAGAAUAGAAUAGAAUAGAAUAGAAUAGAAUAGAAUAGAAUAGAAUAGAAUGGAAUGGAAUGGAAUAGAAUAUAAUGGAAUGGAAUGGAAUGGAAUGGAAUAGAAUAGAAUAGUCUAUUUUCUAAUAAGUGUUACAGACAUAGUUACCAGGGGCCCCCGCACUAGGUUACACCUGUAUCGCGGGGAACCAGUUAAGGUAACGGCGGCUAUUAACGCGGGUAUCAAAAUCGACGUCUAACACCGCGGUGUUUACAAAUACGCAUUUUGCAAGCAAACAGAUCUAUUCCCUAAGAAAUAAAGCAUACACAAAACAAGCUCA